UCUUAAGCCGCCCGGUUCACUCCGUGAAAAGGAAAAGAGAGAGAGGACACGUUUAAACAGCCCCUUUCCCACCCGAACUGCAGACUGCUGGUGUUAAAGGGGCAGAAUAAAGCCACAUCUUUAUUUUGGAGUAAAGCGCGAGGCAUCCUCGGGCGCAGCGCGGCUAUAAGAGGAUUGCCGGAUCCCAAGAACUGCAACGUGUGUUUAGACGGGAAAAAUGUCAUUGUCUGCGAAAGAAAACAACACAGCCCCACAUGCCAAUUACGUGGGACCGUAUCGCUUAGAAAAGACCCUCGGAAAAGGACAGACAGGUCUCGUAAAGCUCGGCGUGCACUGCGUCACGUGUCAGAAAGUCGCCUUAAAGAUCGUAAAUCGAGAAAAACUCAGCGAAUCAGUGUUGAUGAAGGUGGAGCGAGAAAUCGCCAUCCUGAAGCUAAUAGAACACCCACAUGUUUUAAAGUUGCACGACGUCUACGAAAAUAAGAAAUAUUUGUAUUUGGUUUUAGAGCACGUGUCUGGUGGGGAACUCUUCGACUAUUUGGUAAAGAAGGGCCGAUUGACACCCAAAGAAGCCCGGAAGUUUUUCAGACAGAUCAUCUCCGCUCUCGACUUCUGCCACAGUCACUCAAUAUGUCACAGGGACCUGAAGCCUGAAAACCUGUUGCUGGAUGAGAAAAACAACAUUCGGGUCGCAGACUUUGGCAUGGCGUCCCUGCAGGUGGGCGACAGUCUGCUGGAGACCAGCUGUGGGUCGCCUCAUUAUGCCUGUCCUGAAGUCAUCAGAGGUGAGAAGUAUGACGGAAGGAAAGCAGACGUUUGGAGCUGUGGGGUCAUUCUGUUUGCUCUGUUGGUGGGAGCGUUGCCGUUUGACGAUGAUAAUUUACGAAACUUGUUAGAGAAGGUGAAGCUGGGGGUGUUUCACAUGCCCCACUUCAUUCCACCCGACUGCCAGAACCUUCUGAGGGGAAUGAUCGAGGUGGAUGCCGGCAAACGGUUAACGCUGGAGCUGAUCCAGAAGCACACGUGGUACAUAGGAGGCAAGAACGAGCCGGAACCGGAGCAGCCGGUGCCCAGGAAGGUGGCGAUCCGCAGCGUCCCCUCAGCAGACGACAUCGACCCAGAUGUUCUGGAUAGCAUGCACUCGCUAGGGUGCUUCCGCGACAAGAAUAAACUGAUGAAGGAUCUGUUGUCAGACGAUGAAAAUCAGGAGAAGAUGAUCUACUUUCUUCUGUUGGAUCGUAAGGAAAGGUACCCCAGCCACGAGGACCAGAACCUUCCCCCACGUAAUGAUAUAGAUCCACCACGGAAGCGUGUGGAUUCACCCAUGUUGAACAGACACGGCAAGAGGAGGCCGGAGAGGAAAUCCAUGGAGGUGCUGAGCGUUACCGAUGGAGGUUCACCCGUGCCUGCAAGGAGAGCCAUCGAUAUGACACAACAUGGACAGAGGUCACGGUCCAUCAGCGGCGCGUCCUCUGGUCUCUCCACCAGCCCCCUCAGCAGCCCACGGGUGACCCCCCACCCUUCUCCAAGAGGCAGUCCUAUCCCCACCCCCAAAGGAACACCCGUCCACACGCCUAAGGACAGCCCUGCCGGGACGCCCAACCCGACGCCACCGCCCAGUCCCUCCAUCGGUGGAAUGCCCUGGAAGACACGCCUCAACUCCAUCAGGAACAGCUUUCUGGGCUCGCCGCGCUUUCACCGCAGGAAAAUGCAAGUUCCCACUCAAGAGGAAAUGUCCAGCCUGACGCCAGAGUCUUCCCCAGAGCUUGCCAAAAAAUCCUGGUUCGGCAACUUCAUCAACCUCGAGAAAGAGGAGCAGAUCUUUGUGGUCAUAAAGGACAAACCGCUGAGCUCCAUAAAAGCCGACAUCGUCCACGCCUUUCUUUCGAUACCCAGCCUCAGUCACAGCGUCGUCUCUCAGACGAGUUUUCGGGCCGAGUACAAAUCCACCGCUGGUCCCACCGUCUUCCAGAAGCCUGUUAAGUUCCAGGUGGACAUCACCUACACGGAGAGCACAGCAGCCACAAAGGAGAACGGCAUUUAUUCAGUCACCUUCACUUUGCUCUCAGGUCCAAGCCGGCGAUUUAAGCGGGUGGUGGAGUCUAUUCAGGCACAGUUGUUAAGCACAAAUGAUCAGCCGGGUGUCCAACAGCUGUCAGGCAGCCCAUUGAGUAACUUCUUUGACGUAAUUAAACAACUUUUUUCAGACGAGAAGAAUGGCCAGGUGCCUCAUCCACCUGGCACCCCCAACAGACACCCGUAUAACGCCCGUCGCCAUGAACCCCAGCCUAGUGACUCUAAAUGCCCAGCGGGCAACCCCAGGGACAAUGCCAAGCUGCUGGCAUCUGUCUGGACACAGGAGCAGUCCUAAAACUUUACCAGUCAAAAUUUUUGAACACAACUACAUACUCAAAAACAAAAGUUGAUAUUAGAGUUGGAAUUUAUAUAAACUUUUGUAUGAUGGAAAUACUGUUUCACUGACAACACAUAAACUCAGACAUAUUUCCCUUUCAUCACCAUAUUCUUGUGUCAGACCCUUCCCGGCUUCCCUGUUGUUUCUUCUUCUUCUUCUUGGUGUCUUUAAUAUUGUCUCCCGUUUUCCUCACAUUUGUGAUGGCUUGUUUUCACUGCUAGGAAUUAUCCAGAAAACGUAUUAAAUCUCCGACCCCCCACAUUCCUGCACAUCCCGUGAUGAACAUUUAUUGACCGAGGGCACUUUUCAUGAACAACUUGCAGGUUACCAUGGAGACAGACGCUUCAUCCUUUGUCAUACUCUUCCCGACCCAGGCUCGCCUCUCAAGAAGGAUUAACAUUCAGACACAUUUGUUCCCAUUUACCGACUGUGUGCUCCCCUGCCAUCAUCACAGCAACCUAACCUGUUCACACCUACUCAAAACAUGUUCCAAAACCUAGUGAGCUGUCUGCUCUUAAAGGUAUGCUUUAUAGAGAUGCACUGCAGAAAUUCCAUAAUGCAAUGCAAAAAGUUCUGGUAUAAAUAAAUAAAUGCAUUUGUACCAAGGCGUAUAGUCUGAGAGAAUAAAGUUGAUUAUUAAUUUAGAUUCACUUAAACCCUGCAUAUGCCACGCAGAAAAAAAAUUAUAAUAUUGUGGAGCCCUCCAUAUGUCAUGCAGAAAAAGAAGAUAAUAUUGUGGAGCCCUGCAUAUGCCACGCAGAAAAAAAAUAGACAACGGACUGAACUAGUAAAUUGUGCACAUGAAUGAGUAAAUCACUGGAACAGACCACUAAAUUGUGCCCGCAAAUAAGUAAAUUGAUGGAUCGAACUAGUAAAUCAUGCACAUGAAUAAGAGAAUCAAAGUAACAAAUUAGUAAAUUGAGGGAACAAACUAUCAAAUUGUGCAUACAAAUGAGUAAAUCGAGGGAACAAACAAGUAAAUUGUGCACAUGAAUAAGUUAAUAGUGUGACCGAAGUUAUAAACCGCGUUUAACAAAUUAAUAAAUCGAAGGAUCGAACUAGUAAAUUUUACACACAAAUUGAUAAAUCAAAUGAACAAACGAGAAAAUCAUGCGCACAAAUGAGAAAAUCUAGGGAAUUCAUUUUUAAAUGUGCUCUCAGUUUACUUUUUCCCCUCCAUGUCAUGUGCAAGGCCCCUGUACAGUCUCAAUAGAAAUAAAACAAAAUAUCUGUGUAUUUUUAUGUUGUUAGUUUAGCAUUAAGCUAAAGCCAAACUCUGGAAUCAAUAGAUUAGGUAGGCAGUUAACAUCUCACUAGGUUUUGGAAUAAAUCAGUCUGAUCUCACAGACAAACGUAAGUAUAUAAUGAGGUGGCAAUUUCGUAAAUUAAAUUUUACAAUGUUGAUUUUAACUCCACCAUCAUUGGGGCAAAAGCAAGUCACGCUUAAACGUACAAAUGAGAUUGUACGAAUUCAUACGAAUUAGCCACCUCAUAUAAUAGUUACAUAUUCCAGCGAGUUUGUGAUGAAUAGACACCCUCAGAUUUCCAGAUGUAAGCACACACAACUAUUGGAUGUUUGCACUCGGAUUCACGAAGACCAGAGAAGAAAACAGAAAGUUUAAAGCCAACUUUGAGAGUUUGUUCUGAGGGGAUGUCGAACUGCAGAUUGUAUUUUUCAUGUACGCUCUCUUUUACUUAUGACUUUUUGUUUGAUGAACUUGAAAUUAUUGCUGCAAAAGGACUGAACGUGACUUUCAGUGCAUUGGGGAAUCUGAAUAGGGUGGGGUGGGGGGAAAACAAUUGAAUGAAUUUAUCCCUAUGAAUGAAUCUCUGUUGUACAAAUUGAACAUAAUCCUGUAUAUAUAUCAUGUCUAGAUGUGACACUAGGUUUAGUUAUGUCGUAGACUGAGAUUUUAAACCUUGUGUUGUCCGUCUUUAUUAUUUUCCCCCUUCUGUAUUUAUUAGAAAAUGAAACAAUUUGUUUCUUUUAACCUGUUCAUAUAGAUCCUGAAAUUAUUUUUUUUAUUAGUUUCUUUUCCUCAUUUCUCACUACCAGCAGAUACAAAAAAUGUGGAAUACAUUGUGGAUAUUUUUGUAUUUUUCCUUAUGUUUUAUCUCUGUACUUAUUUAUUAUCAUUCAAUAAUAUAUAUAUGAGAACUUGAAUGUUAUUUAUUUAUGACAAUAAUGUGUUUGUUUGCAUCAGGGCAACAGAGUUUUCUUUGUUGAAAGAUGUCUUUCUUAAGUCUUGAUUUAUGAAAGUACUGUGGGAUCUUUCUUUCCUUCUAGCGUCAAAAAACAAAACAAAAGAAUGUGUUAAAAACAAACAAACCAAUCGACAUAAAGCAAUUUUAACAGUUAUUUAAGAAUGUAGUUUAGCCUCUGCUGGGAGGGAAUGAACUUCUCGCUAUCAAUGUCAGCUUUACAUCAUUGUUUGUGUACAAUGGAUGAGAAAACAAGCUGUUCUUGGAUCAGUUUUGAUGUAUAUAUGCUCUUCUGGCUGUUCCUGCUCUUUGCUUUGACUUGUAUUGCUGUUUGCAUGAAUGCGUUUUCUUUGCAUGGCUUUAGCGUAACCAUUUCUCCAAGCUGCUUUUUUUCUGUUGUUUAUCUGAGAAAUGAAGAACGCUCGCCUUCACCCCUGUUUUAACCUCUGUUACUCUCUGUGCCGUUUGUCAUUUCUUUCCCCUCUUGUCAUGUGUCCUAGUAUAUUAGUAGCACUAACAACGUGUGCGAGAAGUGACGCAAACCAGAAAGCAUCGCUCGCUCGUGCCUCAGACAUAGUGUUUGUUUAUGCUUUACUUUGUCUGUACUGUGUACCUUUAAGAGAAAGUCAUAAUGUGAAUGUUUAUGACCCCAGUUUACAGACAGCGUAACGAAACAAUAAUGAAGCAAUACCUGUUAUUAGAUUUCCUAUUUUAUACACUUGAAAAAAGAAAAACUUUAAUGGAAAAAAUGUCGUCCAUACAGAGCAGGAACAUGCAUUUAAUGAUGUAAAAAUCCCCUUGUAUUAUAAUUGUUAGCAAUUUCAGAGAGAAAAAUGAAUCAAUAAACUCAA